AUGUUCCCUCACCUGCCUCUCUCUGCCAGACUGCACAGAUGCCUAAGGAGGAACAGAUCAUUUGUGGUGUUGAGGAGUAUUUCCAAGGAACGAGGGCCCACUGUCACCUUCAGCAACUUGCACUACUGUGUUCAAGAGACAAGAUUCUGCCGCAAGAUAGGUGUUGAAAAAUAUAUCCUCAAAGAUGUGAGUGGUAUCAUGAGACCUGGGAUGAAUGCUAUUAUGGGUGCAACAGGAAGCGGUAAAACAUCACUUCUGGAUCUGAUCGCAGGAAGAAAAGAUCCUGCUGGACUACGCCAAGGCACCGUCUUGGUAGAUGGAAAAACUGUCACAUCUGACCUCAGGCUCAGCUCUGCCUAUGUGGUUCAGGAUGAUAUCCUGAUGGGCACUCUGACUGUGAGAGAGAAUCUGUUGUUCAGUGCCAACCUCCGUCUCAACCCGAAGCAUCAUUCCCCUACAGACAAACACAGCAAAGUAGAUGCCAUCAUACAAGACCUGGGCCUUACAGACUGUGCAAACACGAAGAUAGGGACAGAGUUUCUACGUGGUGUAUCAGGAGGUGAGAGGAAGAGGUGCAGCAUCGGGAUGGAGCUCAUCACUUCUCCUUCUCUGCUAUUUCUGGACGAACCAACCACAGGACUGGAUUCAAACACUGCAAACUGUAUCAUCAGUCUGCUGCACAAGCUGUCCAGGAGAGGUAAGACUGUGAUCUUCUCCAUUCACCAGCCACGCUACUCCAUCUUCAGACAAUUUGACCACCUGACUCUGAUGCACAAAGGGGAGGUGGUGUAUGCAGGAGCAGCGGACCAUGCACUGGAAUACUUCACAGACCUCGGCUACCAAAUUGAAGCCUUCAACAACCCUGCUGAUUUCUUUAUGGAUGUCACAAAUGGAGAGGCAAAAUCAGCAUUAGAGUCAGUCACUGCAGAUGAGUGUAAAAACCAACUAGCGAUAAAGUAUCGCCAGUCCCAACUGUGCCAGAAAGUUCUUGAGGAGUUGGACCAUGUGUACCGCAGCAUUGGUGAAGGGGUCAAAGAUCAAGAAGAGGCAGCCAACUAUGCCACCUCUUUCCUCUAUCAGAUGCGGGUGGUGUGUGGCAGGACGGUGCUGAACACUCUGAGGAACCCUCAGACCUCUUAUGCCCAGUUGGCUCUCAACAUCUUUUUUGCAAUUCUGGUGGGACUCAUUUAUUACCAAAUGCCCUUGACACUGCCCGAGGCUUUACAGAACAGGAGUGGAGCGUUCUUCUUCCUUAUCAUCAACAUGGUGUUUGGGAAUCUCUCUGCUGUUGAACUCUUUAUCAAUGAGAGGGCGAUCUUCAUUCACGAAAACUCGAGCGGCUAUUAUCGCACUUCUGUGUACUUCCUCUCCAAGAUCUUUGCUGAUCUCAUCCCCAACCGCAUCAUCCCCAUCUUUGUGUUUUCAGCCAUUGCCUACUAUAUGAUGGCUUUGUAUCCUGCCUUUGAGGCCUUCCUGUGUUUUGCUCUGAACAUGUCUUUGGUCAGUCUGGCAGGAGUUGGUCUGGCUUUCCUCGUCUCAGCAAGUGUUUCUUCAUUUGCCAUGGCUAACAUCCUUAUUGCCCUACCCUUUGUCUUCAUGAUGGUUUUUGGUGGUUAUCUCGUUAAUCUCAACGCCAUGCUGAACUGGCUUUCCUGGCUGAAAUGGAUCAGUAUCUUCAGAUAUGGACUGAAUGCUGCAUUCAUCAACGAAUUCCAAGGACAGUGGUUCUACAGCAACAUCACCAUAAUCCCAGGGGAGGUGUUCCUGAAAAUGCAGGACAUCGACUACUCUAUGUGGGGCUACUGGCAGAACCAGGUGGCUCUGCUGGGAAUCAUAGUUGUCUGUAUGUUCCUGGCAUACGUGCAGCUGCGACGAAUCAACCGCUGGAAAUGAUGACCAUCCAUCUGUUUAUGUAUCCAUCACCCAUUCACUGUGUCUUUAUCCUAUUUAUUUAGCAGAACAGAAAACAGAAAAAUGGAAGGUUAUUGUUUUAUAUGUGUGCACCAGGUGAAGUAAGCUUUCUAAUGUGAUUAUUAUAUUUUAUAAUAUACAGUAUUUGUAUAUGGAGUCUCUUUCUCUCUCUCUCUCUCUCACUCUCUCUCUCUCUCUGUCUAUCUCUCACGUUCUCAAACAUAAACAAACACACGUGUUGUAACAUUUGACUCCCAGGUGGAUAAGCUGCCACUAAGCACACCUGGUCUGUGCACGAGAGAAUGUUCAGCAACAACCAAGCCAACGUCUAAGUCCAUACAAAGCCGCUUAUAGUGUGUGAGACGUUAGCUAUGGUAAAAAUAAAUUAAUAAAUAAAUAUAUAAAGAAUAGACAUUUUACACAGAUCUGUUAGUUUUAUGUUAUUUAACAAACACACUUCUCAGUUUUCAAGGGAAAGAAAAAUAAUCAGUUUUAUUCAUGCCAUGUAGAAACAGAAAAGGAAUUGUCAUUAUAUUUGUUACAGGCUUUAGGCAGGUUUUACAAAAAUAUUAUACAGAGAAAAUUAUUGUAUAAUUGUAAAGUUUUAAAUCCUGACUUCAGAAUGAUGAAAAAGAUACACACAAAGCAAAAAAGUAUUUACAUUAACUCCAUAAAACCCUGUCUCUCCCUUAAUUUCCAUUUAAAAUGACUUUAAGGUUUGAAAACUUCUUAUUCCACACUGCCUGUUUAUUAUCAUAUAUAUAAUCUGUACAAUCUCACUCCCAGUGCGUUAUUGAGGCUGCAUGAUGUUUACACUGGAUGAUAUAUUAAAACCCAAGACUUUGUGGUUUCUUAUGGCUGCAUCAUUACAUCCGUGCAUCAUUUUGCACACAUUUCCCCAAAAUCCAGCCUGACAUAUUUCUCCACUAGAAUUUGAAACUAACGAGUUUGUGAGCUGACUGCACAGUAUCAGUUUGUAAUGACUAUCCAGCUGGUUAACAAUGUGUAAAAUGAUUGAUGAGUUUUACUGAGGUGUAUGUAAAUUCAACAGCAGGGCAGUGAGGCGUGUAUCGAGUGCUGUGAUGUAGAGAGAUCACCACCUGAAGAGACACUGAAAAAAACAGUAGAGAUGUGCUGGCUCCAGUGUUGUAAUCUGUGUCUGAGCCUGCAUCACAGUCAGUCUUUUUUCCAAGUGCAUAACAGGUAGUCUUUCUAGAGAGAAUCUACCUUGUUGUGGAUUCACAUUAAUAAGCUAAAUUACAGAUCACAAAACUGUAAUUCUAUCAACACUGUUUUGUAUGCCAUUAAAUUAUAGUCACACAGUACGUCAUUUCACCUUGUUGUAAA